AUGGCUAGCAGCCCAGAAUCAGCAUUAUCUAAAAGAAACCAGAAAACCAAUGAUAAUUGUGGUUGCCUCGGUCGAACUGUGAGACAUUCAAUUGCUGCUCCGUCUAAGAUGGAUGCAGCAGAAGGUAUUGUUGCGGCUGAAUUGAACAGGCUUUCGAUUCAGGAGAGAGAGAAUGCCUUGGACGAUCUGCAUUGUGUCGGCCACGAUGAAGAAGAAGAUCCAAAUGUGAUCCAAAACGCUCUAGAAAAGUUUGAAGAGGAAGUUCGCAAAGCAGAUCAUCUAGCAUACAACUUGGCAGUGAUGAAGAAAAAUCCAUAUGUCCAAGACUCUGAAUAUCGACUUCGGUUCCUCAGGGUGGCCCUAUUUGACGUCAAGAAGGCAGCCCGACAAAUGCUUAGCCUGCUACAGUAUCAAGCUGAAUAUUUUGGUAUCGACACACUUGAUCGAAGAAUUGCUCUGACCGAUUUAAAGGAAGAAGAAGUCAGAAUCAUGCUAAAAGGAAUGUUUCACUAUCCUACGCAGACGGACAGAAAUGGCCGAUACAUGACAUAUUGUUUCAGCAAUGUUUUCGUUUCCGCCAUACCAGUGGAGACUAUGAUUCGCUCGUGUUUAUUUGCCAAUGAGUACUUCAACUCGUUUCCAGAUGUACACAAGAAGGGUAUAGUAUUUGUGUACAUGGAUACAGGUAAACUUGAUCAAUCAAUACAGAUGGGUCCAAGUUACUUCAACUGGGUCUUCAGUUUGGUGAAAUUUCACUCGGCCAUCCCUCUCAAGGUUUCAAGUUCGCAUUACUGUGUCAAUACCACUGGCAGCAACAGCGUGGCGAUUAAUAAAAAUGUGAUUGAAAACUUUAUCAAGACCCUUCCUAGGUAUGCAAGGGCGAGAACAAAGUUUCACUAUGGGAGUGCACUGGAGAUCCGCUACAGCCUGCAAAGUCACGGCAUUCCGAUGGACACCUACCCGAUCGAUUCAAAUGGCCAGAUUCGACAAGAGAUGAUCGAUAGCUCUUGUCUGAAGCACUAUGGUAUUGAUGCUUCCAACUAUUACAGAGGAAAAUCGAAUGAAACAGCGAUAGCCAUGACACCAGUACCUCCAACCCCUACCUCCUCUCAGCAAACAAGAGCGGGACAUAGUGUCCUGGUAGAACCCAAACAUACUGAUGUGCUGCUUGGGCGUGGAAAACCGAUUCAGAACCAUCCUGGAAAUAUCCAUUUGCGAUCAAUGAUUGAAGAAUCUCAGGAACAGUACGAUGCAAUCGGUAGACUGGAGAAGCGUCAAAUGAUCCAGAACAUUAGGCAUGCAUGCCAUGCCAAAGGCACCCGAUUUCUGAAACAACAUGGCAAAAAGACGUGGGUUUUAGCAGAUUCCGCUGAAGCUGACGAGAAGAUACGUCAACACUUCAGAUGUGGUAGGAAGAAACGGUAA